UUUGGCGUCGAACCGACCUGACCCCCGACCCAACAACUGUCUUCUUGAAACUCUGCUGGCCGAGUCGCAGCAUUUACAGAGUUUUUUUGCAUCCUAGGAUAAAUUUGCAUUUUCUAAUUCAUUUUAUAUGGAUCAUUUCAUAUCGAAAAUCAAAUCGUUAUUUAUUUUAGACCAUCUGCUUUUGUGACGGGCGUUGGGAGUCCAAACCGUAGGAUUUUCUCUGUGUUGAUUAUAAGUUCUUAAAAUUUUAACAUUUUGCCAAAGCUUUGAAUUUUAGUCUCUCAUUCAAGCCAAAUAUUACGCAGAUUAUAUCCACAGAGUAAAAUAUCAUGAUAUAAAGGUCAAAACAGUUAAUUUUGCAUAACACUAACCUUUAACACCAACAAUAUGUCUUUUCUGGGUUUGCCUAAUCUUUUGUUUCAUCUUAUAUAAUCCAAUUAAUCACCAAAGGCUCAAAUCAAACUAAUUUGAUUUCAUAGACUGAUUGGUCUCUCUAUGGGGAAAUGCCCAGAUUUUGACUCUUAUUUCAGAUUAGUGUGUGUAUUUAAUCUCUGCAGACAAUUUGCUCUGACUUGUUUUGGUGCGCAUCUAUUAGAUUUAAUACGGUUUUCCUACACAUGUGUGAGGCGACUUUCUUAAACCUACAGGUGAUUCUGUCUUCAUGUUGAUUAAGGUGAAUUUGUAGGAAUAACCUUUUCUCAAAAUCAAAUUUAUUUUCCCAGAAAUACUGUACCAUAUUUGAAUAAAUGGGCAAUAAGGAACAAUGGCUCAGUGACUUUUUUCGUUUUGAAUACACACGCUGUCACUGUUUUGUAUAAACAUUUCAUUUUUAAUCUUGAUGGAUGCAGAAGAUUAGUCAGAUUUGCAUUAUUGCUUCCCGUUGUUGAUCGAAUCUUCCCCUCGUCUUCUGGUCAAACACUCAUCAGAGAUUUGCCUAAUGAGAAAUGAACCAUAUAGGAAAAAAUAUUUAGAUUGCAUGUUUAUUUUUUUUUAAAUGCAAAUACCUCCAAGUAAUUCUUCCAACCAAUUUUCCCCCUAAAAAACAUGAUAGUGCCGUGUGUCAAACCACUUAAUCUUGGAUCUGGUCUCAGUUUGCAGCAGUCGUACUGAGAUCAGAAGCAAACAGGAUGACGAUGGAUUUUUCAUCAUCAUCUUUCAACGACUCCUAUUUGAAUCCCAACGUUUCCUCCAAACACCUUCGCAUCUUCAUGAACUGCUUCCUGUCCGAACCGAGCUCCUUUGUUUUUACCGCCUACUCGGUCAUCAACGUCCUGCUGUUUCUCCCUCUGUGCAUCUUUGUUUUCCAAACUGCUCUCCUCCAGUGGCGCUCCGCGUCGCCAGCGGCCGCAACGCGUCACUCCGACGGCUUCAUCUACAACCUGGUCGUCAUGGAGCUGAUUUCUGUGGUUGGAGGUUUCUUCUGCUGCUACGGCCUCCACAGCCGUCAGCUAUCCGUUCUCAACAUUGGGUGCCUUGUUUUUUCUUUCUCCUGGUACGGGCAAGCCAUUUCUCACAUCCUGGUAUCCGUGGAGGGUUACCUGGCAACCGUUCACCCCGUCACCUACAUGAGUUUGAGAAAAAGAAGAGGGGCCAGGUUUCGAAACGCUGAAAUCGUCUGCAGCUGGCUGCUUUCCUUUGCGGGGAUGAGUUUGGUGAUGUUUGACAGCUUCUUCAUCGUCAUGGAUUCUGCCCUCCUGAUGCUUUCCUUCGCCGUCAUCUUCUUCUGCAGCCUUUCCGUUCUCCUCGUUCUGAUUCGUCCGGGUCCGGGGCAGCAGGGCGGUGUCAGGAAACGGUUCGACCAGCUGAAGAGGCGGGCGCUGCGUUCUGUCGUCGUCAUACUGGAGGUGCUGUCGCUGAGGUUCAUCUGGAACCUGGUCUGGGUCGUCAUGUUCAUAUCAGGCUCUGCUGAAUGUUUGGUGCUGAUGGGCUGCACCUUCUCCAGUCUGCCCAGCAAUCUGGUUUUACCUCUGCUUUUUCUUCGCAGGGAAGGAAAGUUGGUGUGUUGUAGCAACGAUGCAGAAUAAACGCUCAACACAUAUUUUAAUCUAAUGUGUAACAUAUAAAGUAGGCAGUUUACCGUGGUUUCAAAAGCAGAAAAGCAUCUUUUAAAAGACACAAAACAACCAACUGUCUUUAAAUCAUGUACAAAUAUAUAAAGAAAAUAAAUAACACAUGUAUAAAUCUACAUAUGCACAUUUGUUUAUACAAAUUAAAUACAAUUAUUAUGUUUCCAAUAACUUUAACAUCCAACACUUAAAUAAUUAUGUUAAAUCAACCAUAAU